CGUGGCCCGCUGCUUGCCAUUCCACCCAUUCCGCCGCGACGAGCGCUGUUCUGUGCGAUUUUGGCCGCCGCCUCUGCCACGAAGAUGAGCGCUCCGGAGGCGAAGCCGCUACUUCCCGGUCACUCGAGCCUCACCUCCCGGCGGACGGCGGCGGCCGACGUGGAGAGCCCUCACAGCCGGCGCCCAGACGGCGGCGACGGCAAGCCCAAGGAGCCGUCGGGGCUCAAGGGCGACUGGGGCGCUAUCGCACUGCUGCUGCUGCUAUACACCCUGCAGGGCGUGCCGAUGGGCCUCUCCGGCUCGCUCCCGAUGCUCUUCCAGGAGCGGGGCGUCUCGAUGAUGGAACAGGCCGUCUUCUCGACGGUCGCAUACCCGUUCGCCUUCAAGCUGCUGUGGGCGCCGCUGGUGGACACGCUCUACCUGCCGCGCUUCGGCCGACGCAAGACGUGGAUCGUGCCGGCGCAGGCCUGCAUCGGCCUCCUCCUCCUCUCGUCGAGCCUGCGCGUCAACGACUUGCUCGGGCCGGUGGGCGAGGGCGCCGGCUCCGACGUGCGCUCGCUCACGGCGCUGUUCUUCGUCUUCUACUUUUUGGCCGCGACGCAGGACAUCGCCGUCGACGGCCUCGCCCUCACCAUCCUCUCUGAGCGCAACAAGGAGCUCGGCGCCACCUGCAACGCCAUCGGGCAGACGCUCGGCUACUUUCUGGCGUACGUCGGCUUCCUCGGCCUCAACGCCUAUGGCCUCACCUCGCUGGGCAGCUUCAUGGCCUUCUGGGGCUGGCUCUUCCUCGGCUCGACCCUCUGGGUGCUCGGCGUGCGGAACGACGAGUACACCGCGCCCGAGGGCGGCGUGGCGGAGCAGUGCGUCGCCGCGUACCGCGAGAUGCUGCUCGUGUUGCAGCUGCCCGCCGUCCGCUCUCUCGCGCUGGUGCUGCUCACCUGCAAGGCGCCGCUCGCCGCCUUCGACAUGCUCGUCCCGCUCGAGCUGCAGGCGUCGGGCGUGCCGAAGGAGCGGCUCGCCCUGCUGACCACGGUGAUGCUGCCCGUCUCGAUGGCGGCGCAAGGCUACGUCUCGAAGGGCUUCAGCGCGGGCGGCACGGGCAAGCCGAUGAUUGUCUUUUGCCGCGCAUACGGCUGGAGGCUCGCUGUCGGCGCCCUCCUCACCGCGCUGGUGUUCGCCCUCGGCACCGACGCGUCGCGCGGCGGGACUCCCAUCCCCGCCUACCUCUACGCGCUCGGCACCGUCGCCUCUUGCGGCGCCGCCGUCGCGUCGGCGUCGAUGUUUGUCUCGCAGAUGGCCUUCUACAACCGCGUGUCCGACCCGAAGAUCGGCGGCACCUACAUGACCAUGCUCAACACCAUCUCAAAUUUGGGCGGCCAGUGGCCCGGCACUGUCGUGCUCGCCACGAAGGGGGCGAUCGAGGCGCUGCCCGGCAAGCCUAACGGCUUCUACGGCGUCGCACUCGCCUCCCUCCUCGCGGGCGUCGUCUGGCUCACCGCCAUGGGCCGCCGCGCCGGCCGACUGCAGGAGGAGCCGCGAGCCUCGUGGCGAGUCUCGGUGGCGUGAUCGGCCGCGUCGUGAGCGCGGUGCGCGCGGGGCGGCGGCCGCGAGAUCGUGGGCCGGGGUGCGGGCGCAGAACAGCGCGGCCGCUGUUUCUUGAAGGCGAUGACCGAACGGAGCGAACGCGAACCCCGCUCCGAACCACGGUGCACCACACCAUCCGCCCCAGGCGGAUCUCGCCGAACGAAGGUGUUUCUCUAACUAAUAAUUUCGAGCAAGGUCGUAA